CUGAACGCGUUUCGUUCCGGUCUGCAUUGCACUGGACGUACACUUUUCCUCAGCUUGUCUUAAGAAGGCCGAGUUGAAAUGCCGCCUGCAGUUUCACUGCUUUCCUCUUCCCGCUCAGGGUCUUCGCGCUGAGCCCACGGCACUGAAUGGCGCUCAUCUGGUAGAUUAUUCCUCUGUGUCUCUAAGAUGUACUUUUUUGGAUUGAAGAAGUUCCUUUCUAUUCCUGCUUUGCUCGGUUUUUAAUGUUAUAGACAAUUUGUGACAUGAGCGACUCAGAAGGUGGGGAGACUCCCCAGCUUUCCACGCACACCUUAGCAGCACUCCAGGAAUUUUAUGCAGAGCAGAAGCAACGAAUUGACCCAGAGGGUGACGAUAAAUACCACGUUGGAAUCAUAGAAGAGAACUGGCAGUUGAGCCAGUUCUGGUACAGUGAGGAAACUGCUUUGCAACUUGCACAGGAAGCCAUUGCAGCUGCAGGAAAAGGUGGCAGAAUAGCAUGUGUGAGUGCCCCCAGUGUUUACCAGAAACUCAGAGAGCUGCACAGAGAAGAUUUUUCUGUACACAUCUUUGAAUAUGACACAAGAUUUGCCAUGUAUGGAGAGGAGUUUAUCUUCUAUGAUUACAAUAAUCCAUUGGAUUUACCCGAAAAAAUUGCUGCACACAGUUUUGACAUCGUAAUAGCAGAUCCUCCCUAUCUUUCUGAGGAAUGUCUCAGAAAAAUGUCAGAAACCAUCAAGUACCUGACUCAGGGCAAGAUUCUGCUGUGCACAGGUGCCGUCAUGGAAGAACAGGCAGCCAAGCUCCUUGGAGUGAAGAGGUGCAAGUUUACCCCCCAGCACACCCGUCACCUGGCCAACGAAUUUUGCUGUUACGUGAAUUAUGAUUCUGGGCUAGACUGUGGAAUCACAAUAUAGUAAAGGACCCUGUGUGGCAUUUCCUUUUAAUUUUCUUAGUAGAUUGAAAAGUUUUAACCUUCUCCCCUCCCUCUGCAAACUGGGGCUGUCCCUGGCCUAAUUUUCAAAAUAACGGACAAAAUAACCUCUCAUUAUUGUUUUCCUUAAUGAGGGCGUCCCCUGCAGAUCUGAAUCCAUGAAAUUAGAGUUGAAGAAAUUUUAGAACCUGUGUAACCCAGUCUCCUCAUUUAAUGUAUGUAAAAACCAGAAGACCAAACAAACAGCUUAGUAGCUUGCCCAAGGCCUCCUGAAAUAGACAGGACUUGCGAGGGGCCCCCGAUCUGCUUCG